UGUAUAUCUUUAUAUAUGCAGGAGUUCUUUGUUAUCAUGGAUGUCUUUGACAUAGAUGAACUAUUAGGUGAAAAUCCCCCACCACAACCCCCUCCUCCUCCUCCUCCUCCACCUCCACCACCACCACCACCACCACCACCCCCUAGAUUGGAUGAAAUUCGUUUAAGAGAACGAAUUAAUGAAAACCUACAAGUGAUUGAACAAAACAUUGCUGCUAUCCAAAAUGAGCAAGUCAUGCCACCCCAUCUUGUAGACUUUGCAAAAUCAAUGCAAACUGUUGUCGAGUCAGUUAGAGCUGUUGAUUCUCAAUUAGAUCAAUUUCAUAGAUGACGACAAGAGUUGCGUGAUUUUUAUGCUGAUGGUUUAACUUAUAGGCAAAUCACUGAUUUGAAAAUAACCAAAGCUCAUUUAUGUCCAUAUUUUACCAACCCCAAAACAAGAGAACCAAUGCAACCUAACCAGAAAAGAAUUUCAAUUAGGUGGUGUGUGCAUCUAGAAAUGGCUAGAUACUUUUGGGAUAGAUGGUGGAUGGUUUUUGAUUAUCCACCACAUCGUAAUUAUGAGGUCCCUUUUUAUUUUUUGAAGAAAUUAUACUGUGAGUUUGUAAUGAACCAAAAACCAAAUUAUUUUGAUAUUAAGUCAUUCCAGGGUGUUGGUCGUGGAAUGCCACAACAUAGAUUAGGGGCACAGAGUAAUAAUCCCCUAUCGGAUCCACCCAUAGUUCCACUUGUUGCUCCAUCAAUUCCUGCAGAUGUCCAAAAUACAUCAUUCAUUUCGACAUUAGAUGCUUUGACUUCCCUCACAGGUAACCUGAGUGAGCAAGCUGCUCACAUGGCAUCUGCUCCUCGAUGGAUGCCACAUAUGUGUUUGAGUUGUCAUGAGACGUGUGUAGGUCCUACUACUGCUGCAGGAUCUACUUCAGUUCCAGAUGAGCAUGAUGCAGCAGAUGAUAGUAUGAUGACAUCUUAUAUGGAUUUUCUUUGCUCGGAUGUUCAUCUUGACCAGAUAAGGACUACACCUAAUAUUAGAGUCAAUAUUGCAUCUACUGGAACACAACUCGACACACCUUAUGGGGAUUCAGGUCACGAGGGACCCUCUACAUCACAUCGAGAAGAGGGUCUGACUAUUGUGACACCAUCUAUGGUGGACACUACCAUUAGGAUAGGUUAUCCUUAUAAUUUUGAUCAGAGCCAAUUUGAAUGCACAUCGACAUCCUUUGAGGAGUUAGCUAGCACUACAUUUGGUGUUGAUACUGCACAAGAUACUGCUAGAGGAGAUACUGCUAGAGGAUCUGAUGAGCAUAUGGUGGAUCUGGACCACGUCCCGGGGACAAGAGAGAUACUGCUAGAGGAUCUGAUGAGCAUAUGACAAGUGGAUCUGGACCACGUCCCGGGGACAAGAGAGAUACUGCUAGAGGAUCUGAUGAGCAUAUGCAUGAGACAGGUGGAUCUGGACCACGUCCCGGGGACAAGAGACCAUGAGAUGUUAUUGAUGAUAGCACUUAGAUUUUACUAUUUAUUUGGCUUUGAUAUGUACUUUUUUAUGGACUUUACACAUUUGUUUACACAU